GCUCCGAGUGACGACACGCCCUUCGCCGCUUCCGCAGCUCUGCAGGCUCAUGUCCACUGCUGGUGCGGCAUCAUCAACGGCCAAGCUCGCCGGCGAGCUCCACCGCCAUGUCAAGUGACCCCUCCGCGCGCUCGUCGCCUUCCUCCUCCGCCGCGUCGCCUCCCAAUGACGCGCGGCGGAGAGACCAAGCAGGACAGGCGACGCCGCCGCCAGGGGGAGAGGCGAUCGACACCAGCGGCAAGAGCCGCCGGGGCCGGCGGCGGCGCGUGCCCUGGUGCCCCCCCGGCCUCGGCGCGGCGUGGCCGCUGGACCCGCGGGCGAGGUGGGUCCGGCAGUGGAACCGCGCCUACCUCCUGGCCUGCGCGGCGGGGCUCAUGGUGGACCCGCUCUUCCUGUACACCGUGUCCGUGAGCGGCCCGCUCAUGUGCCUCUUCCUCGACGGCUGGCUCGCCGCCGCUGUCACCGCGCUGCGCUGCGCGGUGGACGCCAUGCACGUGUGGAACAUCGCGACGCAGCUCCGCUUGACGCGGGGCACGGCGGGGAGCAAGCGCGCGGAGGGGAGCUCGGGCGACGAGGAGCAGCAGGCGGCGGCGGCCGCGGGGGAGGAGGAGGACGACGACGAGGAGGGCGCCGACGAGGUCGCGCGCAAGCUCCCGGCGGGCGCGAGGUCCAAGAAGGCCUCGGUGCUGGACUUGUUCGUCAUCCUCCCCGUGAUGCAGGUUGUGGUGUGGGUUGCGGCGCCGGCAAUGAUCCGCGCGGGGCUGACGACGCCGGUGAUGACGGUGCUGCUGGUGGCGUUCCUGCUCGAGUACCUGCCCAAGAUCUACCACGCCGUGCGCUUCCUCCGCCGGAUGCAGGGCCACUCCGGCUACGUCUUCGGCACCAUCUGGUGGGGCAUCGUGCUCAACCUCAUGGCCUACUUCGUCGCCGCCCACGCCGUGGGCGCGUGCUGGUACCUGCUCGGGGUCCAGCGUGCCAGCAAAUGCCUCAAGGAGCAGUGCCAGCUCCAGGCGGCGGCCGGGGGGUGCGCGCGCAGCGGCGCGGUGGUGGCCUGCGCAGCGCCGCUCUACUACGGCGGCUCCCCCUCCGCCGCCGCGGCGGGGCACCUCGGCGCCGGCAGGCUCGCGUGGGCCCGAAACGCGCCGGCCCGUGCCACGUGCCUCGCCAGCAGCAGCGGCGACGGCAGCGGUGGCUACCAGUACGGCGCGUACAAGUGGACGGUGAUGCUGGUGGCGAACCCGAGCCGGGUGGAGCGGAUGCUGCUCCCCAUCUUCUGGGGCCUGAUGACACUCAGCACGUUCGGCAAUCUGGAGAGCACGACGGAGUGGCUGGAGAUCGUGUUCAACAUCCUGACCAUCACGGGCGGUCUGAUCCUCGUCACCAUGCUCAUCGGCAACAUCAAGGUGUUCCUGAACGCGACCACCUCCAAGAAGCAGGCGAUGCACACGCGGCUCCGCGCCGUGGAGUGGUGGAUGCGUCGCAAGGGCCUGCCCCGCGGGUUCCGGCACCGUGUGCGCCAGUUCGAGCGGCAGCGCUGGGCUGCCACCCGCGGCGUCGACGAGUGCCAGAUCGUGCGCGACCUCCCCGAGGGCCUCCGCCGGGACAUCAAGUACCACCUGUGCCUCGACCUCGUCCGGCAGGUCCCGCUCUUCCAGCACAUGGACGACCUCGUCCUGGAGAACAUCUGCGACAGGGUCAAGUCCCUCAUCUUCCCCAAGGGGGAGACGAUCGUGAGGGAGGGCGACGUGGUGCGGCGGAUGCUGUUCAUCGUGCGUGGCCACCUGGCGUGCAGCCAGGCGCUGCGGAACGGCGCGACGAGCAGCUGCACGCUGGGGCCCGGCAACUUCAGCGGCGACGAGCUGCUGUCGUGGUGCCUGCGCCGGCCGUUCCGGGACCGGCUGCCGACGGCGUCGGCGACGCUGGUGACGCUGGAGAGCACGGAGGCGUUCGGGCUCGACGCCGCCGACGUCAAGUACGUGACGCAGCACUUCCGGUACACCUUCGCCAACGAAAAGGUGCGGCGCAGCGCCAGGUACUACUCGCCCGGGUGGCGCACCUGGGCUGCCGUCGCCGUGCAGCUGGCGUGGAGGAGGUACAAGCACCGCAAGACGCUCGCGUCGCUCUCCUUCAUCCGCCCGCGGAGGCCGCUGUCGAGGUGCUCCUCGCUCGGGGAGGAGAAGCUACGGCUCUACACCGCCAUCCUCACCUCGCCCAAGCCCAACCAAGACGACGACUUCUAGGCUUCUAGCCUCUAGGCCGGUCGAGGCUGGAUGGCUGGCUGGCUGGCUUCAUCAUGCAAAUUAGUACACGACAUUGAUGCCCGAUGCCCUCUGCUGGUGGGCGGGGUUGUACAGUAAUAUGGUUGGACGGUCCAAGCAUGUUCCGAUCAUCACGGAAUUCCUCGGCAGAGAGAAAUAUUGGCUAGUACCCCCUCAUUUUAAUUUUUC